AUGUCUAGCAGACGGAUCUGGCUCUCACAAUUACGGACUGCCAUUCUUGCCAUCUUAGCGCCAGAGAUAAUAUUCUUGCUCGCAGCUGAACAACUCACUGAUGCCAAGAGGGUGAGGGAAUUAUGCAACGCAGCUCAAAACGAAAGAGAUGGCGAGGUAGCGGAGCCCAAGUCAUGGCUUUCGAGGCACACCAGGCCCCUAGAACAACCACAAGAUCAACAUCUAUACCAUAUUGAUUUGAAUCCAGUUAACACAGAAUGGUCCCUUCCCCAGUGCUUCUGUAUCGUUUCAAAUGGGCUGGCUGUUCAAACGCAGGACGAAUGGAUUUACACUAUACGAUACGCGGAAAUGAAGGCAUUCAUUCAAGCCGGCAUUUUUCAUCCCUCUGACUUCCGCGACCAAGAUAUCGCGGACCGCGCCAAAGCGGAUCCCUUUGCUAAAGGAUUUGCUAUCCUCCAGAGCACCUGGUUUCUAUGUAACGUCAUUGCAAGAUGGGUGUCCGCUCUACCGGUCUCGCCGAUCGAAGUGUCGACCGUCGCCUACGUGGUCUGCGGUAUCUUGACCUAUGCCGCGUAUUGGCAUAAGCCCAAGAAUAUGGGCACGUCGAUCAAGAUCUAUCUUCGGUAUACCCGAGCCACCCUGCCGGCUGAGAUACUCCGUUUGACCGAGUCCAACCCCAAGGGUUGGGUUCAUCUCCGGGCACGCAUCAAGAAUGAAGGGUGGUUGUCGCUUAUAUGGAAGACCAUAAAGCGCCCUUAUAUUUCAACAAAUCGCGCGGCGAGCAUGAUAACUGGGGAUGAGGAAUAUAAUACUCAUCUCGCGGCGGUACUAAGGAAGCGGGUUCUGUUCAUUUUUAUGGUUACUUUCGUCGCCAGUCUUUUCUGCGCUAUCCACAUUGCCGCGUAA